UUUUCAGAUCACCCGAUCGCAAUCGCUUGUGUCGUCGGUGUUUUUCCAUUAGGAAUUAAAACAAGAAAAAUAAGAUGUCUGCUACUGAAGGCAAAGUAAUCAAAUGUAAAGCUGCCGUCGCUUGGGAGGCUAAGAAACCACUUGUUAUUGAAGAAAUUGAAGUGGCUGCACCAAAAGCUCAUGAAGUUCGUAUAAAGAUUACGGCAACAGGUGUGUGCCACACCGAUGCAUUUACGUUGAGUGGAGCCGAUCCCGAAGGCCUGUUUCCCUCUGUGCUGGGACACGAGGGUGCCGGCAUUGUGGAGAGCGUCGGCGAGGGCGUAACCGAUUUCAAGGCCGGCGAUCAUGUAAUUGCAUUGUAUAUCCCCCAAUGUAAUGAAUGCAAGUUUUGUUUGAGCGGCAAAACGAAUCUCUGCCAGAAGAUUCGAAUUACCCAAGGAGCUGGCGUAAUGCCUGAUGGAACCUCACGAUUCACCUGCAAGGGUAAACAAUUGUUCCAUUUUAUGGGUACUUCCACAUUCUCCGAGUACACUGUCGUUGCUGAUAUUUCGCUGACCAAAAUUAAUGAAGCUGCACCUCUGGAGAAGGUGUGUCUUCUAGGCUGCGGCAUUUCGACUGGUUAUGGUGCUGCACUGAAUACAGCCAAGGUGGAGCCCGGCAGCACCUGUGCGGUGUGGGGAUUAGGUGCAGUUGGGUUGGCUGUUGGACUGGGUUGCAAGAAGGCUGGCGCUGGAAAGGUCUAUGGCAUUGAUAUCAACCCCUCGAAAUUCGAGUUGGCCAAAAAAUUCGGCUUCACUGAUUUUGUCAAUCCGAAGGACGUAGCCGAUAAGGGAGCAAUUCAAAAUUAUUUGAUUGAUCUGACUGAUGGCGGCUUCGAUUAUACUUUUGAAUGUAUUGGCAAUGUCAACACGAUGCGUGCUGCUUUGGAAGCUACCCACAAGGGCUGGGGCACAUCGGUAGUCAUUGGUGUGGCCGGAGCAGGUCAAGAAAUUACAACUCGACCAUUCCAAUUGGUUGUUGGCCGUGUCUGGAAGGGAUCUGCCUUUGGCGGCUGGCGUUCAGUUUCGGACGUACCCAGACUUGUGGAGGACUACUUAAAGAAGGAUCUGCUAGUCGAUGAAUUCAUUACCCACGAAAUGUCAUUGGCCGAAAUCAAUAAGGCUUUCGACCUAAUGCACAAGGGCGAAAGCAUUCGCAGCAUUAUUAAGUACUAAAACGCCCGGUUCACAAAUACACGAUUCUUGUCCACAAGCCAAACUUUUGUAUAACAUAAUAAAUAUAAUUGCACCACUUUAAAA